GGCUGCCAACACUUUUAAACACGAACAAAACAUAGGCACGGUAUUAUUUGAGAAAAGUGAUGCUGCUAAACAGUGCUGGACUACGGAGGAGUUUAUUAUUUUGAACAGUCGACGGAUGUUUCAAGAUUUGUUACCAAAGGUAUACUUGUAUCGAGUUUAUUCUGUUAAUUAGGAAACAUCUAACUUUAUUGGAAGUGUAGUAAUUAUCCGACUAUAGAACUGAAGUAGGAGAUACUUCUGUAGGAGGACCGAAUCGAUCAUUAGUACAGUGUCCUUAAUGAACUUUCAAAAUUAAUUUUCUCGAUAACGAAGCCUCGUAUCAAUGAACUUUAUUCUAUGUUUUUUAUUCAUUCUUCCAUGAUGAAUCAAUUCAUAUCCCAUUUUACCAUAUCAUUACAGCCACACUCUGCAUAUGCUGAAAUGAAGGUGCCAUUACGCCCUCUUUCACCCAUUCAAGAUCAGGGUAUUAUUGUAACACGAAGACUAUUCAUAUUUAAUUUCAAAUUCAAAUUACCAUUAAUUAUGAUUAUUACAAGCUUUUUUCUUUUGAAUUUUUUCAGGCUGAUAAUAUCAAUUUCUUCCUAAGACGCAUAUGGUGCGUCAUCGAUUGGAUUUCUAAUUUACUUUAUAUUUUGAUAUUCCAAGGUGAAAGUUCUAAAUUAUGAGAACGAUCGGUACAUAGCGCUGCUGAUGGAUUACUUUCACAUUUGCCUGGAGAGCGUGCGGAAGCUGUCACUGGGAAAAACGAAGCACCUGAUGCUGAAAGCUCUGGCAGACACGAUGGGUGGCUACUUGCAAGUUUACAUACUACCUCUCACCAGACACUCCUAUUACGCGGGUAACAUAAAGUAUCGAAACGCGAGGAAGCUGUUCGAGCUCCACGAACAGCUGAAGCUUUUCCUGAGGAGCAACGGUGCCGGAUGGCUGAAGCCUUCGAGAGAGAUCAGACACGCGAAAAUUCCCUCGAUCGUGAUCACACCGCCGAGAACGUCCGUUGCGUGCCACGGGAUUAUUACUUACCCCGCGUCUUCAAUCACUCACAACAAACGAGAACUUAAGCGUUUUGCUUUCGCGAAGAAGAAGAAGAGGUUCUCGAAGCACAAAUUGCAUAAAGAUGAAUCUGUAAGAAACGAAGAAUCAAUUAUCGUUCCUCUUCCUUUUCUAGACGACGACGUCGAACCAAAUAGCAUCGCGUUGCCGUUUAAGAGCCAGAGCUUGCAGUCCCUGUACAACGAACGAUCGGCUUUCGUGUUGGUGAAAUAUUACGUAGCCAGUGUGAAAUGCAUCGUCUCGAAAUCCAGCUCGAAAACGGAAUUGAAGAGCUUCAAUCAAGAACUUUACAGUUGGCUGCAGCAAUCCGUGCAACGACAUCUUGACGACGACAAAUGGUACCCUGCGUUCGGCGGUGUUCUGAGGGUGAUCUCCACCCUGGAGGAGUCUGGAGUGGGAACCGGUCCCGCGAACUGGAGAAAAAGCGGAGCCUAUCAGAUGAUGCCCAAAAUAGGCGCGCCAUCGGCCAUGGAUCCAGAGGAAGGCGUGCGACCGUUCUACAAAGACGACGAGGCGGGUAUCGCGUUGGGAACGACCGAAUUGAUAUCGAUUGCCACGGUGAGCGCGUUGCUGGUGUGGUUGCUGGUCGGUCUGAGCGUCGUCUGCUACAGAUUCCUCAGGAAACACUCGGACGAAUGUGGUUCCAGCGAGCCGCAGGAUCCUCCGGUUGCUGUUCUGUAUGAAAAUAAGGAAUACUGCGAGGCUGACACAUGCAUGUCCGGAGUGGCACGUAAAGGGUUGCUGGAUAAGUUCAAAGAGUAUUGGAAAGGCAAGUUUGGUAAAUGUCAGGAUCGUUGUGUGGACGAGGAACGUUGUUUAGCAGCAAUCAGUUAUAGUAGCAAAGAUACGGUUGAAGUUAGUAACAGUAGUAGAGGAUAUCAAAAAAAAAGAUUCGCUAAGUCCGUUUUAGCAACUCUAUCAAAUUACCCCAAGGAACGUCCACAUAUUAAAAAUGUCUGUUAUAGCUCCGAUGGCUCGUUAACCACGAACACCGAGAGUCCAGUUAAAUCCAGAUAACAAAGGCUAUAG